UGACAACUCAUACAAACUAUUAAUACAAAAAAAAAUCAAUGUAUAUCUCGUCGGCCAUCAGUUUUCUUUUAUUAUUAUUAUAUGUGUCGGUCGUCGCCGUCGAUCCCGACACUGUGUCGGUGUACACACCGAAUGGUCAGCUCAUUGGUCGCAAAGAGCAAUCGGCCGAUGGAACUGAAGUUCAUGUAUUUCGUGGCAUUCCCUAUGGAGAACCACCUGUUGGUGAACUCAGAUUUAGACGUCCGGUGCCGACAAAGAAGUGGACAAAUAAGAGAAAUGCGUUGACAUUCGGUAAAACGUGUUAUCAGAUGACAGGCUUUCUUGAAGCACACGCAGGACUUUCUCGCAACGAUUUCAGCGAAGACUGUCUUUAUCUGAAUGUUUGGUCAAAGGACUCGAUGGUUAGCGAAGAUAACUUGAAAGCCGUUGUAUUUUGGAUACACGGCGGGGCACUGUUGACCGGUAGUACAUCAGAGGGUGCCUAUGAUGCCAAAGAAUUAGUAGCGCUCGGGGAUGUUGUGUUUGUGUCGGCUAACUAUCGUCUCUCUACAUUUGGUUUUUUGUUUGCCGCCACUGACGACGCACCGGGAAAUGUAGGUCUUUGGGAUCAGACAUUGGCCUUAGAGUGGGUGCGCGAUAAUAUUCGUUACUUUGGUGGCGAUCCCAAUCGGAUCACCAUAUUUGGUGAAAAUGCCGGUGCAUGGAGUGCAUCGUUGCACGUGUUGAGUCCUCAAUCACAUCAUCUGUUCAAAAGAGCUAUACUGGCUUCGGGCGCAUACUUUGAUCAUUUCAUUGAUGGUUCGCCCGAAGAGUUCCGUGAUCUGUGGCUAUACGGCGCUGAACUAAUAGGUUGUGGUCAGAAUGCAACAGAGUUUACACCGGAAAUUAUGUCUUGUUUGAGAGACACCGACGCCGAGACAUUGGCUUCAAUUCCAUCGAUUGACGGCAUCAAUGUCCGAAACAUAAAGCUCUUCUAUCUUGUUGUAGUUGACGGCCACUUUCUGCCGCAAAUACCGUCCAAAUUGUUGGCCGAUGUGCCGGCAGAUCUCGAUCUGCUUGUGUCGACCGCUGAAGACGAGGGAUCAUUCAUUUUGCAAUUGCUUUACUCGUUUCGAUACUUUCACGCCAAACAACCCUACAAUUACACACACAAAGAGGCAGUAAAUGAAUUGACAAAUAUAGCCAGUUUAGUGUCGAUUGACGGUUGGGUCGACGGCCAACAAGUGGCCAAACAUUACUUUGCAUUACUUUCGGAUCAAAACGGUUUUGACACUUUGCGCCGUACGAUAGGUAUAGCAAUUGGUGACUAUUACUUCACGUGUCCUACACUGGAAUUUGCGCGAGAAGUUUACGCUCACAGCGACGGUCGUAUAAAUGUCUAUGAAUUUGCGUAUUGGGCCAAAACACGUGACAAUUUUUUGUGUUCGUCGUGGAUGGGCUCGUGUCAGGCCAACGACUUGAUCCCGAUGUUUGGCAUACCAUUAGUGCAGGAAUCGACUGAUCGCGAAAAAGAGAUAUCCCGACAAAUGAUGAGCUUUAUUACGGACUUUGCCAAACACGGAGAGCCAACCGUACAAAUGGGUGUCCGCUGGCCGGCCUACUGGACAAUCGCCGGACAGGUGGUGAGGCCUUAUGUGAAAGUAACAGUUGACGGCACCCACUUUGGUUUGGACCACAAGCGUACAGAGUGUCAACUCUUGUGGCGCCAGUAUUUGGAAAAUUCAGAUUAUUUAGUUAAGCGCCACUUGUUAUACAACUGUAUGUCCUUCAGUGCAGAUCAGUUCAGGAGAGGCACAUCACAGCAGUCGCGGUUGUCAUCAAAUACAGGCACAAUCGAUAUGUCUCGGCAACUACUAGUGCUUUGGCUAUUAUCCGGACUCUGCGCUGCAGAAGAAGUCUCAGUACGACUCAAGGAUGGCUUUAUUACCGGCAAACGGGAGACAGUACUCGGAAAAGAGCUUAACGUUUUUCGAGGCAUUCCCUACGCUCAGCCUCCUGUCGGUCCGUUGCGCUUCCGUAGACCUUUACCACCCAAACCGCGCACCGAUCCAAUAGAGGCAUUCGACUUUUCACCGGCGUGUCGGCAAAAUGGUCAAAUGUUCGAAAUAGAUCACUAUCUGGCCAAUCGUAACUAUUCAGAAGAUUGUCUAUAUCUUAAUAUAUGGGCGCCGCCAACCAACGACGAUCUUUUGCCCGUAAUGGUAUGGAUCCACGGCGGAGGCCUACUGGUCGGUUCGGCUUCGGAGGUCUACUAUCACGGCGAUGCUUUGGCAGCAAAAGGAGAAGUGAUUUUAGUGUCACUAAAUUACCGAGUUAAUACAUUAGGCUUUUUAUAUGCCGGCACUGAUGAGGCUCCGGGAAAUGUAGGUCUCUGGGAUCAGUCAUUGGCACUGGAAUGGGUUCGCGAUAAUAUACGUUAUUUUGGCGGAGAUCCCGAUCGGAUAACCAUAUUUGGAGAGAGCGCAGGUGGUUGGAGUACAUCUCUUCAUAUAAUUAGCCCACAAUCUCGUAAUCUAUUUCGCAGAGCUAUAGUAGCUUCGGGGGCACAUAUAUAUAAUUAUUCAUCCGAUAAACCCGAAGAUCACAUCAAAAGAUGGCUUCGCGGAGCUAAACUAGUUGGCUGUGAAGCCAAAGAUAAUCGUUUUUCGCCAGAAGUCAUGGAUUGUCUGCGUUCAGUAGAUGCCGACAAACUGGUGGCCAUCACUGAUAACGUCGAUCUGAUGGAUGGUGUGGUCAAAGUAUUUAAUUUGGUUGUCGUUGACGGACACUUUCUUCCCACUCGACCCAUAGAGAUGUUACUAUCAGGAGAUUACAAACGAGACGUUGAUUUAAUAGUGUCCACUGUCCAGGACGAGGGAUCAUUUCUUCUUACUUGGCUAACUGAUCCAAUCAAAUUUCAUCCACAAAAUCCCUAUAAUUUUACAUACGAUGAAGCCGUCGAUGAACUGACAGCUAUAACUUCUGAUCUCUGCUCUGAACGUCGCAUUGAUGGCAAAGAUGUGUCACGACUUUAUUACGGCAGUCUAUCUGAUAACCAUUCGUCCGAUGAUAUACUACGCGUGAUGGGUGUGGCCGUCGGUGACUAUUAUUUGACUUGUCCGACCAUAGAGUUUGCCAAACAGGUGUACGCCAAUAGCAAUGGCCGCGCAAAGGUAUACCAAUAUUACUUUAAUGCCAAACAACAGACAAACUUUUUCUGUUCAAAAUGGAUGGGUGUUUGUCACACAAACGAUAUAUUUCCGAUGUUUGGUCAGCCAUUUACUCAACCCGACGAAUAUGUGGACAGAGAGCGCGAGAUAUCCGAUCAAAUGAUACGUUUUAUAACUGACUUUGCAAAGCAUGGUGAGCCGACAGCUCAACGUGGCGUCAAAUGGCCGUCUUAUUGGUCAAUCGGUGACAAUAUAGUGAUGCCUUACUUAGAGAUUGGUAAUGAAGAGAAACCUGAGAUAUCACCAUUUGGUAUGGCCUUCAAACACACUGAAUGUGAUCUAUUGUGGGACAAGUAUUUGCUUGGAUUGGAUUAAUUGUUGAAAUAUUUUUUAUUAAUUAUUUUUUUUGGAGAAUACUAUGAGUCAAUAUAUUAAAUAAAUGUUAAUACAAUUAUAAUUUUUUUUAUAUAAUGUACAAUAUAUAUGAAUUUUAAUUUAUAUAAAUAUUUUCGUAAAAAGU